AUGAAUAAAAUAGUAUCUAAACUCAGCUCGAGCGAUGUCAUCGUCACAGUCACCAUUCCCAACGAAGAAGAUGGCACUUAUGAAGUUCCGUUUUACGCAAUUGACAAUUACCACUAUUCAAGGAUGGAAAAUGCAGUCGUUCUCGGUGCCACUAUUGGUGCAUGUUCAAUGUUGUUGAUAAUGUUGAUCGGUAUUUUGUUCAAAAAUUUCCAAAGAUUGAGGAAAUCGUUGCUUUUCAAUAUAAACUUUGCAAUAUUGUUGAUGCUCAUCUUGAGGUCAGCUUGCUAUAUCAACUACUUGAUGAAUAAUUUGUCAAGUAUUAGUUUCUUUUUCACUGGUAUUUUCGAUGACGAGUCAUUCAUGAGCUCUGAUGCCGCCAAUGCUUUCAAGGUUAUCUUGGUCGCUCUUAUUGAAGUAUCUUUGACAUACCAAAUCUAUGUAAUGUUUAAAACGCCAAUGUUAAAAAGUUGGGGUAUAUUUGCGUCAGUUUUAGCUGGGGUAUUGGGGUUGGCCACACUUGCUACACAAAUUUACACCACAGUCAUGUCACAUGUGAAUUUCGUUAAUGGAACAACUGGAUCUCCACUGCAAGUAACCUCAGCAUGGAUGGACAUGCCAACUAUUUUGUUCUCAGUUAGUAUCAAUGUGCUUUCAAUGUUUUUGGUAUGCAAGUUGGGAUUAGCCAUUAGAACUAGAAGGUACUUGGGAUUGAAGCAGUUUGAUGCAUUCCAUAUCUUAUUCAUCAUGUCAACUCAAACGAUGAUUAUACCUUCCAUCAUUCUUUUUGUUCAUUACUUCGAUCAAAACGACUCACAAACAACCUUGGUUAAUAUUUCACUUCUUUUAGUUGUUAUCUCAUUACCAUUGAGUUCCUUAUGGGCCCAAACAGCUAAUAAUGUUAGACGUAUUGACACGUCUCCAAGCAUGUCGUUCAUCUCAAGGGAAGCAUCAAACAGAAGUGGUAACGAAACUUUACACAGUGGAGCUACUAUAUCAAAGUACAACACAUCAAAUACCGUUAACACAACACCGGGUACAUCGAAAGACGACUCUUUGUUUAUAUUAGACAGGUCUAUCCCUGAACAAAGAAUAGUUGAUACUGGUUUGCCCAAAGAUUUGGAAAAAUUUAUAAACAAUGACUUCUAUGAAGACGAUGGUGGUAUGAUUGCAAGAGAAGUCACAAUGCUUAAGACAGCUCAUAAUAAUCAAUAG